UUCCCAUUUCCGGGCGGAGCUUUACUGCAGGAGAAGUUAGGCAUGAAUAUCUUGACGGCAGCCGGCGCUAGGCGGCUGUGCGCUAUGCGCGCAGUCCUUCCUUGCCUUUGGAGAGGAAAGUACUUCAGCUCUGGGAAUGAGCCUGCCGAAAACAAUUCCGUGACUCCUAUGCUGAGGCAUCUUAUAUACAAAAUCAAGUCUACUGGUCCCAUCACUGUGGCCGAGUACAUGAAGGAGGUCUUGACGAACCCAGCCAAGGGCUAUUAUAUGAAGCAUGACAUGCUAGGAGAAGAAGGAGAUUUCAUUACUUCACCUGAAAUAAGUCAGAUGUUUGGGGAGCUCCUAGGGAUAUGGUUCAUCAGUGAAUGGAUAGCCGCUGGAAAAAAUGCAGCUUUCCAACUGGUGGAACUAGGCCCAGGCAAGGGAACCCUCUUGGAAGAUAUUUUGAGGGUAUUUAGUCAACUUGGGUCUUUGCUGAAAAACUGUGACAUUUCACUACAUCUGGUAGAGGUGAGCCAGAAAUUAAGUGAGAUUCAAGCAUUAACGUUGACUGAAGAGAAGGUCCCAUUAGAGCGAAAUGCUGGAUCCCCAGUAUAUAUGAAAGGUGUCACUAAAUCUGGAAUUCCGGUUUCCUGGUACCGAGAUCUGCAAGAUGUUCCAAAAGAGUACAGCUUUUAUCUCGCACAUGAAUUUUUUGAUGUUCUUCCUGUGCAUAAGUUUCAGAAAACACCACACGGAUGGCGAGAAGUACUUGUUGAUAUUGAUCCGCAGGUUUCUGAUAAACUGAGAUUUGUUUUGGCGCCAUGUGCCACCCCAGCAGAAACGUUCAUACAAGAUGAUGAAACAAGGGAUCAUGUGGAAGUGUGUCCUGAGGCUGGGGUUGUUAUUCAGGAACUUUCUCAACGCAUUUCGCUAACUGGAGGUGCUGCCCUGAUCGCGGAUUAUGGUCAUGACGGGACUAAGACAGACACCUUCAGAGGGUUUCGUGGCCACCGGCUUCAUGAUGUCCUAACUGCCCCGGGAACAGCAGACCUAACAGCUGACGUGGACUUCAGUUACUUGCGUAGAAUGUCCCAGGGGAAAGUAGCUUCCCUGGGUCCAAUAGAACAGCAAACUUUUUUAAGAAACAUGGGCAUUGACGUCCGGCUGAAGAUUCUUUUAGAUAAAACAGAUGAGCCAUCAUUGAGGCAGCAGUUACUUCAGGGGUAUAAUAUGUUAAUGAAUCCUAUGAAGAUGGGAGAAAGAUUUAACUUUCUUGCCUUGGUACCUCAUCAGAGACUUCAUGGUAGAAAUCAUCAGACGAAUGCACGUCAGUCAAAACCCUCUCCAUCACCUGUAGCUGGGUUUGGUGAACUUGCUUGGCAGUGAUAUUUCAGUUUGGACUUUUCACCCCCAAGUUGGCCUAAGAAACCAGAAUAAAGGGAACACAUUUUAUAUAUCACAGGUAAAAUAAAUAUUAAAAUAUUUUAUCUCGUCAUAGCCAAUAAAAAAAACCAUACAGUACCACUGGAAGUUGAUCUUUUAAGAUUGUAUUUGAUUCUUGGUACAAAUGUGUGUUCUCAAUUUAAUGAAACAAAUUAUUGAGUAUCCUCUAAUUAAUAAAGCUGGUUGUUAUAGUGUUAUUUUAAAGUGUAAACAUGAAUACUGAUUGGUUUAAUAAAAACUGGAAACAACUGGCCAUUCACAGGGGGCUGAUUACAUAUAACUAGUUGCUCCGUGGCAUGUGGAAAUCUUCUGGACCAGGAAUCGAACCCGUAUCCCCUGCAUUAGUAGGCAGAUUCUUAUCCACUGUGCCACCAGGGAAGUCCAAAAGUGAAAGAAAAGUGAAAGUUGUUCUGUCCGACAUGGUGAUCCCAUGGACUGUAUCCCUCCAGGCUUCUGUCCAUGGAAUUCUCUAGGCAGGAAUACUGGAGUGGGUUUGCCUGUUCCCUUUUCCAGGGAAUCUACCCAACCCAGGGAAUCAAACCCAGGUCUCUUUACUAUCUGUGCCACCAGGGAAGCCCAGGGAAAUCCGAGUAUAAUGUUAAAUGGCCUUUAUUGAGGUAAGUUCCUUCUGUAUCAGCUUUGUUGAGUUUUAUCAUGACUGACUGUUGAAUAUUGUUAAAUACUUUUUUCUG